AUGUCGACCAUCGCGCAUCCGGGCGGCGCGGGCCUUCCUGAUGAUAAUCAAGGGCCACGCAUCCUGGCGGCCACCAGCAUUGUGACUGCUGGGGCUGCAAUCACUGUGCUCGCCCGCAUGUAUGUCCGCAUCUUCCUCAUCCGCAAUGUGGGGUUUGAUGAUUAUACCAUGCUGCUGACCAUGAUCUUGUCCCUCAGCGGAUGGGGAAUCAUCAUUCCAGAAGUUAUCUACGGCGCGGGUCGACAUACGGCCUACGUCGAAAAGACGGCUACCAAAGCGAUGCAUCUGAACUUUGCUACCCAGGCGAUAUACAUGUGGGCUAUUGGACUCGUCAAGAUCUCCAUCGGACUGUUCCUGCUACGGUUUGCACCGCGCAAGGGCUAUCGCAUUUUCAUCUGGGUUGUCAUCGCUCUGAUGCUCAUUUACACCACAAUCUGUUUCUUCACACUCAUUUUCCAAUGCCAUGACAUGCGGAGUAUUUGGGAUUUCUCAGUCAAGUCGAAAUGCUUUGCCCCGAUACAGCUGUUGAAAUUGAGUUAUACAAAUACAGCUUUGAAUAUCCUGACCGAUCUGAUCUUUGCCAUUCUCCCUAUCUUCAUGCUCAGACAUCUCCAAGUCAACAAACGAACCAAGGCUUCCUUGAUUUGCAUCCUAGGAUUGGGUAUAUUUGCCUGCGCUGCAGCGAUCGUGAAGCUCACUGUGCUUCCCAACUACGGUCGCACGGGCGACUUCCUCUGGGAUUAUUCUACUCUCACGAUCUGGGUUGUUGUCGAAUCCAACAUGGGCAUCGUGGCUGGCAGCCUCCCGACCUUGAAACCCCUCUUUAAGCAAGUGCUGGGCAGCUACGGCUCACGCUACAAAUCGCGACCCUACAACUACCCCCAGCAUAACACAUACGGCAGCAAGGCCUACCGUCUGCGCUCCAUGUCCCGCUCGCAGCAGCACGGCCAGUCGCAGACCCAAGCCAGCCACCACGACCCCGAGCCCUUCCCCAAGAAACCGACAGCAACCGCCACCACAACCACCGCCACGGCGACCUCGUUCCCGGGGCACGACAGCAGCGAUAACUCGAGCGAGGAAUACAUCCUCUCGCCGCAUGAGCAUGACACAAUCAUGCUGACAACGGAGGUAACCGUGUCACAUUCGAUGCAAGCCCAGGCGGAGCGGAGUCGCGCGGCGGCUGCAUCGCAGGGUCGGGGGUUCGAUCGGCCGGGGCCGGGGAUGGUGUAG